AUGGACGAGAUGGUUCUGCUUCAGCAACGCAGCCUGGAUGGCGCGAUCCCGGGUCCGAAUCGGCCGUCAGGCACUCUCCACGAGAGGCGUCGUUCAAGCCGUGGAGGGAGUAGGGAUGAGACGAAGCCACGCCGGUUUCCCGACGAGUCUGUCUCGUCUGCCACCUCCCAGGCUGACGACUUGAUCGAGACGCGUUCAAGCCGUUCCGCGUCUACAGCCUCACGAAGCACAAACAGACUGUCGUUGACCCUGCCCAUCGCCCCUCCGAAUCCCUACCCUUCACGUCCUACCCCGUUAACCGCGACAACACCUGCAUUUCCGCCCACACCUCUCGACACUCCUGCUCUGAUGUCCCCCAUUGACGCUAAUGACUUGAUCACGGCAAUUGCGGCUCAGGAGCGCCGUGUCUUGGAGCUCCGAGAAGAGCUGUCACGUGCUGAGGAGGAUCUUGCACGGCUGAAGAAGCAAUGGGCAACUCACGAGGCCUAUAAAAAGAGGCCGGAUAGGAGAGCCACGGAUCCUACCCGCGGUAUCGAUGCGCAGGACGAGACGGCCAUCCGACGUAGCCUGGAGCUCGAUCGGAGAAGAGCCCUGCUUACUCAGCAACAGACUUCACAAGCUGCCCCUGAGAGAAGUCGUCGACGCGUUUUCACCGGCACGCACACACGUCAACUGUCGUUGUUAUCACCAACUAAGCCCGACGGGUUGUCGGAUUACGAUGCUGAUCGCUCCAAGGACGACAGCGAUGGCAACAACUAUGCGGCGUCUGCCUAUACGUCUCUCUCUGCCCCAUCAUCCAAGAGAGCCUCUUGGGCCCCUCGGUCAACGCAAACGAGCGGGGUCAAGCAGUUUGCUCAGGAUCUCAAGACAGGACUUUGGAUGUUCAUGGAGGAUCUGCGCCAGGCUACGGUGGGCGACGAACCGAUUACCGGCCAGGGUACCUACCGGAGGGGGCUCAACGGCUAUUCGACUGGCGACCAACACACGAUUCGCGCGUCGUCCUCAAACAACUCUCGACCGCGGGCCUCUGCAGUCUUCGACGACAGUGCCCCAAAAGCGGUAGCGCCCAAUGGAGAAUCUCGACAAGAUGGAAUACCAAUGGACAAAGAUGCCUCCCAACGCUCCCAACGAUCCAAGAACGAGGCCCCAAAAUCGACAAAGCGCUUCUCGUGGACACCGCUGAGUACCGAUGCGUACGACGACAACGACUGGUCAAACUGGGACAACCCAAGCGGCUCGUCUCUUCGUUGGAGCGGUACGACCGUCAACGGGGAUAUCAUUCCCUCGCCCCCAGAAAAACGCAGGGAACCCGAGACGUCAACUCCUAUCAAGAAGAAAUCCUCCAAACCCCGCGUCGCCUCUACUUCCUCCUCUUCCUCUACAUCCUCCUCCUCCAGCUCAAGCGCAGCAAGCUCCAGCAGCGUCUCAUCCGCCCCUUCUGCGCCGGCGUCAUCCUCCUCGUCAGCCUCCACCACAGGAUUAGUCGGCGCAGCGGCCGUUUUCGGUGGCCUCAAGAGCCCCGUCGUCAAGCAGCUGGAGGAUCUCUUACCGCCCAUGCUGAAUCGCCUGACGCCCAGCAACAUCAAGCGGACCGCCACCGACCUGAUGAAGGAGUGGGAGCGCAGUUUAUUGCCUCCCGACGCGAUGCCAAACAGCAGCAGCAGGGGGCAGGGGGUUGGUGCUGCUGCAGCAGCUGGUGGUGGUACGGUGAAUGCUCCUGUGGCCGCGGUUGAUGGUUAUAGUUGCCAUCAGCAACAGCAGCAACAGCAGCAGCAGCAGCAGCAACAGUCACAACAACACCUAAACCAUCAGCAGCAACAAAAGCGGAGAGGAGGAGCAGGAGAGAAGCGUGUGUGA